AUGUCGUUGUCAUCCAAGAUAAGACCCACCCCUCGCAAAACUCCACGUAUGGCCACCGAUCAUUCCUUUAAAGUGAAAAACUUCUACGCUGAUCCUUUCGCUAUAUCGUCGAUUUCUCUAGCAAUCGUGUCAUGGGUCAUCGCCAUUGGGGGCUCCAUCUCAUCUGCAUCCACCAAUGAAUCUUUCCCACGUUUUACUUGGUGGGGGAUAGUAUACCAAUUUCUAAUUAUAUGUUCCCUGAUGCUAUUUUAUUGCUUUGAUUUGGUUGAUCAUUACAGAAUCUUCAUUACCACAUCUAUUGCCGUGGCAUUUGUGUAUAAUACGAACAGUGCGACUAACUUAGUAUAUGCGGACGGUCCCAAAAAGGCAGCUGCCUCAGCCGGUGUCAUUUUACUUUCUAUCAUAAACCUAAUCUGGAUUCUGUACUAUGGCGGCGAUAAUGCUUCGCCAACCAACAGAUGGAUUGAUUCGUUUUCCAUCAAAGGUGUCAGACCUUCAGCAUUAGAGAAUUCUCUUCAUAGGGCUCGUCGUAGAGGUAAUAGGAAUACGACGCCUUACCAAAAUAAUGUAUAUAAUGAUCCUGUGCGAGAUUCAGGCUACGCCACACAAUUUGACGGAUAUCCACAGCAGCAACCUUCACACUCGCAUUAUGUAUCAUCUACAGCGCUGGCAGGUUUUGAGAAUACCCAGCCGAAUACAUCUGAUGCCGUGAAUCUUCAUUUAAACACUUUACAACAUCACAUUAAUAGUGCCAGCAACGCUAAAGACCCCGGCAAUAAUGCGAACAAUCAAACUACGAACACUAAUAUCGGUAACACGUUUGAUACAGAUUUCUCUAAUGGAAACACGGAAACUACAAUGGGAGAUACUUUGGGUCUGUAUAGCGAUAUUGGUGAUGACAAUUUCAUUUACAAGGCCAAAGCGUUAUAUCCAUACGAUGCAGAUGACGAGGACGCUUACGAAAUUUCAUUUGAACAGAAUGAAAUUCUACAGGUCUCGGACAUCGAAGGUAGGUGGUGGAAGGCAAGGAGAGCAAACGGUGAAACAGGUAUUAUUCCAAGUAAUUAUGUUCAAUUAAUUGACGGUCCAGAAGAAAUACAUCAUUGA